AUGAGCUUCUGGAUACAGCUCCGGCUUCUCCUCUGGAAGAAUUUCACAUAUCGGAAAAGGCGAACUAUUCAGCUGAUUAUUGAGCUCCUGUGGCCUCUUUUUCUCUUCUUUAUAUUAGUCUCGGUGCGUCAGUCCCAUUUAGCAUUUCAGCAGCAUGAAUGUCAUUUUCCAAACAAAGCAUUACCAUCAGCAGGGACAUUACCAUGGAUACAGGGGAUCAUCUGUAAUAUUGAAAAUCCUUGCUUUCCGCAUGCUACGCCCGGAGAAACUCCAAGAGUUGUGGGGAAUUUCAACCAAUCUAUUGUUUCCCGUUUGCUUUCUGAUGCUCAAAAGGUGCUACUUCACGCGACUCAGGACCACACUCUUCAUAGCUUCCAACAACUCAUCAGUGCAUUGAAAAAGUUCAGUGAAAACAGUCCUUCAUUGUCUGGUAUGAGUCUGCCAGUAAAGGAAUACCUAAAGACGAAUCAGACACUAUCCCAAUUUCUCCGGAAGAAUGUGUCUCUUCCAACAGAAGUGGUGAAUGACCUAAUGACAGCAAAAAUAAAUCUUGAGCAGAUAUCCCUUGCUGGUUCAAGGGCAAGUUAUAAAGAGGUUGUUUGCAACGUAUCCCAUCUCUCCAGUUUCUUGGUGACAAAGAACAAGAAGGCAUUUAACCGUUUGCACAAGAAUCUGUGUGCCUUACCAGAGGAGACACUGCAAAAAGCGACAACUAUUUUCUUUUCGGAGGUCAAUGUACCCAAACUCUUGGCGGAGAGGGUCACAUUUAGUGCUGGGAACACACUUAAUGCAACCAAUGCCCUGAAUAAUUUUAUACACAAAAUGGGAUCUCUUGUGCAGCAGUUUUCCAACAUGACAAGUUUUUCUGAAUUCCGGGAUGCAGUGCGGUGGUUAACUAGUUCAAACACUACUGGGUCACCAAAGAUGAUAUCUCGGAUGAUAUCAAAAGUAGUUUGUGGGCAUCCAGAUGGGGGUGGCCUGCAGAUACCUUUCCUGAACUGGUAUGAGGAAGAUGACUACAAGGCCUUAUUUGGCAGGAAUGGCACGGAUGACAAAAUGAUCAAUUUUGGCAACUUAACAGCACCUCACUGUAAUGACAUACUUAAGACUCUUGAAUCUUAUUCUUUGAUUAUGUGGAAAAGUAUCAAGCCGUUUUUUGUGGGGAAGAUUCUAUAUACUCCGGAUACUCCAGCUACACUGAAGAUAAUGAAAGAGGUUAACAGAACAUUUGAGGAUCUCAGUUUGUUGCAGGAGGUACGAGGAGCAUGGAAUGAAGCUGGACCCCAGAUCCGGAAGUUUAUGGAAAGUAGUCAGGAAAUCCGUCUCCUCCAGGAAAUGCUGAAGAACCCUGCUAUCACCAGCCUUAUUGACCUACAGCUUAAUUCUACCUCCUGGAAUGCAGCAAGUAUUGCUAACUUCCUGUCGAGCCAAACUCAGGAGAGUGAGAAUUCCAUUUACACCUGGAAACAAGCUUACAGAGAAGUAGAUCAGAUGGUCAACUCCUUGUCCCAUGUCAUUGAGUGCAUAUCUCUGAAUAAAUUAGAAGCUGUUCCGACUGAAGAGAAGUUAGUGGUCCGGGCAUUGCAGCUUCUGGAGGAGAGACAGUUCUGGGCUGGUGUUGUGUUUUUGGUUGAGGAGCCAACGGGCAGUGAGUCGCACAACCUUCAGCGCCACAUCAAGUACAAGAUCAGGAUGGACAUUGAUGAUGUCACUCGGACCAAUAAAAUCAAGGACAGGUUUUGGGACCCGGGACCUGCAGCACACCCAAUUCUGAACCUACGUUACAUCUGGGGAGGAUUUGUUUACAUUCAGGAUUUGGUGGAACAAGCAAUCAUUCGAGUACAGACUGGCGAACACAAGAAGACUGGGAUUUAUUUACAACAAAUGCCAUACCCAUGCUAUGUAGAUGAUGCUUUCUUGCGAGUUUUGAACCGUUCAUUGCCCCUCUUCAUGAUCCUGUCUUGGAUUUACUCAGUAGCGAUGAUAAUCAAAGGGAUGGUUCAUGAGAAGGAAGCGCGACUGAAGGAGACAAUGAAGAUGAUGGGACUGACCAAUGGAAUGUUGUGGAUCAGCUGGUUCAUCAGUAGCUUCAUCCCUUUCCUCAUCAGUUCUGCUUUUCUCACUUUAAUCCUGAAGAAAGGAGAGAUUCUCCCAUACAGCGACCCUUCUGUCGUGUUCGUAUUUCUUGCAACCUUUGCUGUUGCUACCAUCAUGCAGUGUUUCUUGAUCAGUACGUUCUUCUCUGGUGCAAACCUAGCAGCUGCAUGUGGAGGAAUCAUCUACUUCUCCCUCUACCUCCCAUAUGUCCUGUGCGUGGCAUGGAGAAACUUUGUCACUUACUCACUCCAAAUAUUUGCGAGCCUGUUAUCUCCGGUUGCGUUUGGUUUUGGGUGCGAAUAUUUCUCUCUCUAUGAAGAACAAGGAGUUGGUAUUCAGUGGUUUAACCUGGUCUCCAGCCCUGUAGAGGGCGAUGCAUACAAUUUUACUACUUCCAUCAUCCUCAUGCUGUUUGACGCUGUCCUCUAUGGCAUUGCCGCAUGGUAUAUUGAAGCAGUGUUUCCAGGUCAAUAUGGAAUUCCCAAACCCUGGUAUUUUCCUGUCCUCAGGAGUUACUGGUGCGGAGAGUUCUACUGUAAUGAGGAUCAGUUUGAACUGUCUGAUAACAGCAGCUGCAAUAAAGUCCAUCUGGAAAAGGAACCAACUCACCUCAAGUUGGGCGUGUCCAUCCAGAAGCUAGUGAAGGUUUAUGGAAAUGGGAAGAAGGUGGCUGUUAAUGGACUUAGCCUCAAUUUCUAUGAGGGGCAAAUCACCUCAUUCUUAGGACAUAAUGGAGCUGGAAAAACAACUACCAUGUCUAUCCUGACUGGAUUGUUCCCACCCACGUCUGGGACGGCACAUAUUCUGGGUAGAAAUAUCUUCACUGAGAUGGAUACAAUCAGAAAAUCACUAGGGAUAUGUCCACAGCACAAUGUACUUUUUGACAUAAUGACUGUGGAGGAGCACAUCUGGUUUUAUGGAAGACUGAAGGGGCUGACUGAGGAGGAGGUAAAUGAAGAAAUUAAGCUGAUGAUUGACGAUGUGGAUCUGGCGCACAAACGUCGGGAACAAACAAAAAAUCUCUCUGGUGGCAUGCAACGAAAGCUUUCAGUCGCCAUAGCGUUUGUUGGUGGGUCAAAAGUGGUUAUUUUAGAUGAACCAACUGCUGGUGUUGACCCCUACUCCCGCCGAGGAAUAUGGGAGCUCCUGCUUAAAUAUAGGAAAGGCCGCACCAUAAUAUUAUCGACCCAUUACAUGGAUGAGGCGGACCUCCUUGGGGACAGAAUUGCCAUCAUCUCACAUGGAAAACUCUGCUGCUGUGGCUCUUCGCUGUUCCUCAAAAACCAUUUGGGGACUGGAUAUUACCUGACCUUAGUUAAAAAAGAGAAUGACAAGACAACACCAGCCAGCUCCAGCAGCACCACCAUCGGUGUGAGGAAGGAUGACAGUGAUUCUGAGAGGAGCUAUGACACUGGCCUUGGCAGUGAGCAGUACAGUGAAACUGGUGCUUUGGAUGUAUCAACUGUCUUAGCACUGGUUCAGAAAUACGUCUCCAAUGCACGUCUGGUGGAAGAUUUUGGGCACGAAAUGACUUACAUUUUACCCUAUGUUGGAGCAAAAGAUGGCGCUUUUGUGGAACUCUUCCAAGAGUUAGAUAACCGUCUCUGUGAGCUUGGAAUUUCCAGUUACGGGAUCUCGGAUACCAGCCUCGAAGAGAUUUUUCUCAAAGUGGCUGAAAACACAGGAGUGGACAGUGAUGUUGCAGAUGGAAAUGUUCCCAUUAAAAGGGUCAGAUGCUCAAGGUCCAGUGAGCACACACUGCAGCCAGUCAGUGAGGAAGGAGACUUCGAGAUGCCUGGCACAGAACCUGAACCCAAGGAGACAGAUUUCAUGCAUAGUAUGGAAGGCAGAGGCUCAUGCCAGUUACGUGGCUGGCAGCUCACCCGACAACAAUUCCAUUCCUUGUUCAUCAAACGCUUUCUCUAUGCCCGCCGAAGCCGCAGAGGACUUUUUGCUCAGAUUGUGCUGCCUGCAUUGUUUGUGUUUGUUGCUCUGUUCUUCAGUAUGAUUGUGCCUCCAUUUGGGAAAUAUCCACCAUUAGAAUUGAAUCCCUGGAUGUAUGGUGAACAGUACACUUUCAUCAGUGAUGAUUUUCCAGAGGAUCCUAGUACUUGUGAGCUGAUCAGUGCACUCCUCGACGAUCCUGGAUUUGGCACCAAGUGUAUGGCAGAUGGAGCGACUGAGUGAGUAGAAUGCCUAGCAGGUGAAGCUGAAUGGAUAACUCCCCCAGUUUCAGAAUCAUUCAUGGACAUCUUUCGCAGUGGUAAUUGGACAACGCAAAAUCCAUCCCCUGCGUGUGAGUGCAGCUCGGAUGAUAUCCAGAGGAUGCUCCCUGAAUGUGGAGAAGGAGCAGGAGGGCUCCCGCCCUCUGAGUUGCGACGGAACACAGGAGACAUUCUUCAGAACCUAACUGGCAGGAAUAUCUCGGACUACCUUGUGAAGACCUACCCUCAGAUCAUUAGUAAAAGUCUGAAAACCAAGAAGUGGGUUAAUGAGUUCAGGUAUGGAGGAUUCUCAUUGGGAGCGCAAAGUUCCCAGGUUUUACCUUCCCUGAAUGAAGUUAAUAACUCCAUUAUUGAGAUCAGGUCACGAAUGAAUGUCACAAAGGGUAGUUCCAUGGACCGACUGCUGGGAAACAUUGCAAACUUUAUCGAGGGACUGAGCACAAAAAACAAUGUAAAAGUCUGGUUCAACAAUAAAGGCUGGCAUUCCAUGGUGAGUUUUGUGAACAUUAUGAGCAAUGCAGUGCUGAGAGCCAAUCUUCCAUCAGAAAAAGAUCCCAGAACUUUUGGGAUUACAGUCUUCAACCACCCACUCAACCUGACUAAAGAACAGUUCUCUGAGGUCGCACUGAUAGGCACCUCUGUUGAUUUGCUCGUCUCCAUUUGUGUCAUCUUUGCCAUGUCCUUUGUGCCGGCAAGCUUUGUUCUCUUCCUCAUUGAAGAACGUGUCAGCAAAGCCAAGCACCUUCAGUUUGUUAGUGGUGUGAAACCUGGCAUUUAUUGGCUCGCUAACUUUGCAUGGGAUAUGUGUAAUUACGCAGUGUCAGCUACACUGGUGGUCAUUAUCUUCAUCUGUUUUCAACAAAAAUCCUAUGUAUCUGCCUCCAAUUUGCCAGCACUAAUCCUCCUGCUGUUCCUCUAUGGGUGGUCCAUCACUCCCCUCAUGUAUCCAGCAUCCUUUUUGUUCAGUAUCCCCAGUUCUGCCUAUGUGGCGCUGACUUGUGUUAACCUGUUCAUUGGUAUCAAUGGAAGUGUGGCCACCUUUGUCCUGGAGCUCUUUAACGACAAUAAAUUGAAUGAGGUCAAUGAAAUCCUGAGGAAAGUUUUCCUCAUUUUCCCACAUUUCUGUCUGGGUCGAGGAAUGAUUGACAUGGUGAAGAAUCAAGCAAUGGCAGAUGCUUAUGAGAGGAUUGGAGAGAAGAAGUUCAUGUCUCCACUCUCCUGGGACCUGGUGGGGAAGAACAUGUUUGCCAUGGCUGUCCAGGGAGUUGUCUUCUUUCUGUUCACAAUUCUUCUGCAGUACAAGUUCUUUAUCAAAAUAAGGCCUCUGUCUUUAAAACUUCCACCAUUGGGAACAGAAGAUGAGGAUGUAGCCAGAGAGAGACAAAGGGUUACAUACAGUGGAAGCGAAGGUGACAUCCUAGUCAUCAAGGAUCUCACCAAGGUUUACAGAAGGAAAAAGAAACCAGCUGUGGACCGAUUGUGUGUGGGAAUCCCCCCAGGAGAGUGUUUUGGACUUUUGGGGAUCAACGGAGCAGGGAAAACAUCCACCUUUAAGAUGCUUACAGGUGACACCGAGGUCAGCAGCGGCGAAGCCUUCCUUGAUGGAUAUAGCAUUCUGUCCAACAUCCAGGAUGUACACCAGAACAUGGGAUACUGCCCUCAGUUUGAUGCCGUCAACAAAUUGCUGACAGGGCGGGAACAUGUGGAGUUCUACUCGCGGCUGCGUGGCAUUCCUGAGCAUGAGGUUGCUAAGGUCACUGAAUGGGCCGUGAAGAAACUUGGACUCUCGCGCUAUGCAGACAGACCUUCUGGGACAUACAGCGGUGGCAACAAACGGAAAUUGUCGACUGCCAUCGCACUGAUUGGAUGCCCACCAGUCAUCUUCCUGGAUGAACCUACUACGGGAAUGGAUCCCAAGGCCAGGAGGUUCCUUUGGAAUUGCAUCCUGAGUGUGAUCAAGGAAGGGCGAUCAGUGGUACUCACCUCACACAGCAUGGAGGAAUGUGAAGCUCUGUGCACAAGGAUGGCUAUCAUGGUGAAUGGGCGAUUCCGCUGUCUGGGCAGUGUGCAGCACCUAAAAAGCAGGUUUGGAGACGGUUACACCAUCAUCCUGAGGAUGGAUAGCUCCACGCCCGACUGGUCUACUGUCGAGGAGUUCAUGGUGUCCACAUUCCCAGGCUGUGUAUUGAAAGAAAAGCACCACAGCAUGCUACAGUACCAGAUACCAACUGGGUGCUGCUCCCUGGCCAAAAUCUUCAGUGCCCUCACGACCAAUAAAGAAGAGCUGAAGAUAGAAGACUAUUCAGUAUCUCAAACCACAUUAGAUCAAGUAUUCGUCAAUUUUGCCAAGGACCAAAGUGAAGAUGACUAUUUGAAGGACAUUUUCACACACGGACCGCAAUAUAAAGACACCGUAAAGCGCAUCACAAACUUUUUAGCAGAUGAAAACAUGAGGGAGAGUUCAGUAUGAUCCGGGUAUGAGUGAAACCACUUCCCAUCUGAAAUGCAAAUAGAAGAUUCCAAACACAGUAAGUUGAGGGUUGUGCCAGGACUGAAGUAUCUGUCACUGGAUUGUCAAUGGCAAACUCCUCAACUCCCAUUUCAAGUUACCUUUAAUUAACUUCAGACAGAAAAAAAACUCUUAUUCCUAACCUUGUACCUUUCCUGGAUUUGUAUGAACAACGGUUCAAGUGUACAAACUGAUUUAUUUAUACUUUCUUUCCACCUUUUAGAUACUUU